AUGAAGCUCAACAUCGCCCAUCCCGCAACCGGGAACCAAAAGCUCAUCGAUAUCGACGAUGAAAGACGAGUUCGCAUUUUCUACGACAAGAAGAUCUCCCAAGAAGUCGCAGCCGACGCUAUUGGCGAUGAAUGGAAGGGCUACAUUUUCCGUAUCACUGGCGGUAACGACAAGCAGGGUUUCCCAAUGAAGCAAGGUGUUCUCCUUCCCCACCGUGUCCGUCUCCUCCUCUCCGACGGCCAUUCCUGCUACCGCAUCCGCCGAACUGGUGAACGCAAGCGUAAAUCCGUCCGUGGUUGCAUAGUCGGCCCCGAUAUCGCCGUCCUCUCGUUGGUCAUCGUUAAGCAGGGCGACGCCGAGAUCCCAGGACUCACUGACUCCGUCCAGCCCAAACGCCUGGGUCCUAAGCGAGCCACGAAGAUCAGAAAGUUCUUCAACUUGAGCAAGGAGGACGAUGUCAGGAAAUACGUUGUCAGGAGAGAGGUCAAGAGCGCAAAGAAGGAGGAUGCUAAGCCCUACACCAAGGCACCCAAAAUCCAGCGACUUGUUACCCCCGUCCGCCUCCAACGCCGCCGUCAUCUCAAUGCCCUCAAGCGUCGCAGAAUUGACCACCAGAAGGAGCAAAAGUCGGAAUACGACGCCCUCAUUGCCAAGCGUGUGGCAGACAAGAAGGCGAAGGCAGCUGCUAUCAAGGCAUCCCAUAAGUAA